AUGCAAUUCUCUUGCGAUCCUGAUCAAGAAGGAGAUGAGCUGCCCCAAUACGAACACAUUUAUCAAAAUGACUUCUCCUAUCGAAAGCACAAGAAACAGAAGGAAGAAGACAUUUCAAUCUGCGAAUGCAAGUUUGAUUUCGGAGACCCUGACAGUGCGUGUGGCGAGAGAUGCUUGAAUGUGAUCACGAACACCGAGUGUACACCUGGAUAUUGCCCUUGUGGUGUCUACUGCAAAAAUCAGAAAUAUCAAAAAUGUGACUACGCCAAGACAAAGCUGGUUAAGUGUGAAGGUCGUGGGUGGGGACUAGUGGCUUUGGAAGAGAUCAAGGAGGGACAGUUUAUAAUUGAGUACUGUGGAGAAGUAAUAUCAUGGAAAGAAGCAAAGCGUAGGGCUCAAACAUAUGAGACUCAUGGUGUUAAGGAUGCAUACAUAAUAUCUCUCAAUGCAUCUGAGGCUAUUGAUGCCACUAAGAAAGGAAGCCUUGCUAGGUUUAUAAACCAUUCAUGUAAACCAAAUUGUGAGACGAGGAAGUGGAAUGUGUUAGGAGAAGUAAGAGUUGGAAUCUUUGCAAAAGAGAGCAUCUCUCCCCGGACUGAGUUGGCUUACGACUACAACUUUGAGUGGUACGGCGGUGCCAAAGUCCGUUGUCUCUGUGGUGCAGUCUCUUGCUCUGGAUUCCUUGGAGCCAAGUCUCGUGGCUUUCAGGAAGAUACAUAUGUCUGGGAGGAUGGUGACGAUCGGUACUCAGUUGAUAAGAUUCCAGUCUACGACUCUGCAGAAGACGAGCUUACAUCUGAGCCUACUAAGAAUGUUGAGUCCAACACAGAUGGAGAGAAAGAUAUCUCUACUGCUCUGAUUGUUCAGCAACAGGAUUCAACUCCUAUGGAGGAAGAUGUUGUCACGGAAGCUGUUAAAACCGAAGCACCUGAAGAAGACAUGAAGCUGCUCUCACAAGAUUCACAACAAGUUUCAUCGCAGAAAACCGAGAUUAUCUCACAUGUUCGUGGUGAUAGUUUCAAGGUCAAGUCUGUGCCUGUUCCGAGAAAAAGAGGCAGGCCACCUUCAAGCGGAAAAGCGAAGACUGUAGCUCAGAAGCACGUUGACAUAGCGAACGUGGUUCAGCUACUAGCAAGCAAAGAAGCUCAAGAUGAGAUUCUCAAAUACGAGGAGGUGAAGAAGGAAGCAACAGAAGAGCUUUCGUCGCUGUACGAUGAGAUAAGGCCAGCGAUUGAAGAGCAUGAGAGAGAUAGCCAAGACAGUGUAGCGACAAGUGUGGCGGAGAAAUGGAUACAAGCAAGCUGUUAUAAGCUCAAGGCAGAGUUUGAUCUUUACUCUUGCGUGAUCAAGAACAUCGCUUGCACUCCGAUCAAGCCACAGGACAACACAAAGAACAAACCUGUGGAAGCAGGAUAUGAUGACCAGAGUAAGACACUGGAGUGA